UAUUAGUUCCCCCUCCCGCUCGAUAAGAAAUGCGCGCUGUUUUCUUUAUUUUAAAUCCGAACGCAUGAGCACGAUAUCUAUCACCUCACCCAGCCAUGACAGCAACCACGCCCACCACCGCCGCUGGCCGAAGGCAAAACAAUUGCGAGACGUCACCGCCGCCGCCUUUCACCGCCAACGACAUCAUCCUCCUCGCUCAAAACAUCUCAGCCACGCUUCCCCCAUCCCUCUCCUCCUCCAAUCUCCUCCCUCUACUCCACUCACCUUCACCAUCCCUCCUUUUCUCCCUCCUCUCCCUCUUCUCCCGCUCUCCUCCAUCAUCCUCCCUCCUUACCCCCGUCCUCCGCUCCUUUCUUCGUCUCUUCUUCUCCCGCAACCUCCCCAGAGACCUCGACUCCUCCUGCCUCUUUCACCUCAUUUCUCCUCUCCUAUCCAAGCUUAACCACUCCGAUCUCUCCUCCAUACUCGAUAUUCUGUCUUCUCACCUCUCCGACAUUAACGAUGCCGACAAGGCCCAGGCCCUCGACCUCCUCCCUCACCUCCUCAACCUCGCCAACCCCUAUGGAGAGCUCAUCGACGCAUUCCUCGAAAAACUUCUCUCCGUCAGCUGGUCCAAGGCACUUCUUGUCAAAAUGUGCUCUCUCAUCCGGGAGUGCCCGGCUAUAUCUAGGGUUAGGGUUUCGGAGUUUCUUCGGAAGAUUUUCGACGGAUUGAGGGAUGCGGACAUCCAGGACCUCCCAUGGCUGGUGUUCCAGCUAUUGCUGCUCGCUUGUAAGGGAAUUAAUUCGGUUUCCAGAAAGCAGUUGAUUGCCGAUUUGUUAAAAUUUUUUGGGGAGCCAAUGAAGGCCCCGGCUUCAGUGGUGCGGCAAGUGGAGGGGACUGUUCUGAUGCACGUGAACUUCUCCAUUAAGCAAGAUCCCUCGCUGGGUUCGGAGGUUAUCGCCGUUGUUCGCUCCGAUCUAGGUACGUUCAACCAUUUUGCUGCUGCGGUUUUGUUAUCGGUGGCCAGGAUUCGGCGGUUCAACGAGAGCUCGAUUGGCGCCCUAAAAUCGGUUGCUGUUGGUUCUCACCAGGAUUGCAAAUUUGCAAGGGAUUGCAAGUGGUUACCAGAUUGUACGAAGGAGGAAUUACUGCAAUAUGCUAAGUGCGUUGAAAAGGCUUUAGUUAGAACUGUUAAUGAGAGCAGCUCCGGACGAGAGCAUGUGGUUCCUAGUAUUUUGCAGUUUGGGUUUACUUUGUUGGAGUCAGUGGAUGUGAAGAAAUGUGAAGGAAGUGACACUCCUGAUGGACUGAUGAGCUGUGAAGAACUUGGAAUUCAUAUGCUUAAAACACUGUUUGAGGCUCAUGAAAUGGCACGAAAUCAGGUGAUGGAGCAGUGUAAAUUCAGGAUUCUUUCUUUGAAGCAUCCGAAAAGCUCUCCAAUUAUCAAUUUACUCGGUCAUCUGGUAAAAGGCUAUCCUUACCCGAUGCUGGAAUAUGUUGCACGCCUGAAGGAGUUACUGGAUUAUUUCACAUUCAUGCAUGAAAAGACUGCCAUUUUGGUAAUCGAUGCCAUCAUACCACUAAUUAAGUUCAGUAAAGAUCUCCGGGAUUAUAUAAUUUUGGUUGUGAGGAAGGCCAUGUUCAGGCGAGAAGAUGAUGUCCGUACUGCUGCUGCUAGUACAAUCAUUGGUUUGAUUAUAGCGGAAAACAUAUCAAAGAAAAAUGGAUUAAACUCUUUGCAAGAAUCAUCUAGCCAAGCUAGUUGUAGCCAGCAAGCUGGGUUGAUUUGCGGGAUGGAAGGAAGCCUCUUUCAGGAGUUGAAUGGACUGUUAAGGAGGUGUCUCACGCAGCAGGUUUCAGUGAAGGAGAUUGUAUACAAGGGCCUUACAAAGCUUGUCAUGUUGGACCCAUCAUUUUUUUGGCAUGUAUUUGAUUUUCUAUGGCCUCACUUCCUUCAGUUUUACAACCAGGAUGCUGAAUAUCCCCUCAGGUUAGAUGCUUGUUAUUUGAUAGUGAAAGGAAAAUCUUCUCAAAUUGAACCUUUGGAUCAUCUUCUAUCAUGCGUGUCUUGGGUUGUUCUCCUUCAGCAACAUGGAAAAUCAGAUCAUCAGACGGAGUUUUCAUUACCAUGCUUCGGUUUCACUCUUUCACAAGAUAACGAGGCUAGCAUAAUAUCAUCUGGUGAGCUGUUUCGAAAUGCUAUUUCCAAAAUUCGUAAAACUUUUAGCAAAUGGAUAUUCGAAGGUUCAGGUUCUCAUGUUUUUCUAGGAGAGAAGUCUGGCAUCUAUGGCUGGCUUCUGCUUGGAAUCUUGGAGGUCCUUAUUAAUAUAUCCGCUAUAGAGUUGGAAAAAGCAGCAAAUCAAGAUGCUGCGAGUCUUGAAAAAGAAAUUAUGUGGCUGGUUGAUUCAUAUUACUAUGUUGAGAAGGAAACAGGCUUGAAUAAGCAGGGAUCUGGCAUUAGAAAAGGAACAUCAAGAACCUAUGUUCAAUCUAAAGCUGAUUGUGAGUUGAAAGACUCACCUCAGACUUCUCAGUUGAAGAUAUUUCCAGUUAGAGGGUCAUUUUUGGCUACAUCAAGCAUCCAUGAGAUCUUAAUUCUUGCUGUAAACUCAUAUAAUUCCUCCAGCUUCACUAAGCAAACUACUUCCCUGAAUCACAGUCAGCCAUCUUUGUGCAAGACAUUGGAUCAAUGCUUGAAGCUGAUAUCCUUUGCCUUGAAGAUUUGCUUUCAUCAUUUAAAGUCCUUCAUCUCUAUUGACUGGGGAUCAAACGGCGAUCCUUACAAAGCAAUAGUCUAUGGAGAUUUGAAACAGCUUGCACUUCCUAUUAUGCAGUUGAUAUGGCUGCUUAAAUCUGGAGCCAAAAAAGAGAAUAACACAAACAAGAAAGAAUCGAAAGGGAAAAUUAAUCUUGAAAAUAAGGGGAAUGAGCUUCAUCAAGCUUUGUUAUGCUUGAAUGAAUUGUUUAGAAUAAGCUCCUUGAAAGCUAACUUAACUGAACUCAUUGAGGUUUUAGACAGUCUGGAUGCAUCUGAACUGAAUUUAGAAAAUACAGUUGAAGCUCAUGACGAUAUGGAACAUAAGCAAGCUGUGAUGAUUGAUGAUCCUUAUGUUAUGAGGCUUCAUUUAUUCCUAGAUAAAAGAGUAAAGCCACUUUUUUCGGGGCUUAUCGCUCUCUCUCUUUUCCAGGAAGCAGUGGUUGUAUCUGAGUUAUUUUUGAUCAUUUGGAGGGCCUUGCCAUUCGAACAGAGGAAACUACAUGGAACUUGGAUGAUGAAUAUCUGCAAAAACACGAAGAUAAUGAAUCCAAAAUCUGCACAAAAUUUGUUAACACUGGCCCUUCAUCUCAUGCCAUCUACAAGUGAUCUCAUAUCUGCACAAGAAAUAACUUCAGAACUUCUUCGAGUUAUGGGAUCUGAGGAAAAGGAUCCAAUUGACCUUUCCAGAUCAUAUCCAUUUGUGAACAAUUCAACAAAGGACGCCAUUUCUGCUACAUUGAUUCAAUUAAUAGAAUCUAGUCUAGUUGAUCUGGAUUGGUCUGUGUCAAAACUGAAGGCAGCCUCAAACUUCAAGCAUGACUUCGAUCUUUCUACGAGGGAUCAUCAAUUUUCUGGAAGGUUGCCAGGUGUUAUUCUUGAAGAUGCGGUUCACUCCAGAUCCGAAGCACUGGUGUAUGUGCUGUCUUUCUUUGCUGAGAUGAAUCUCAAAGACUCGCAAGCUGAGCAGUUUCUAAGGCUGACUGCAAAGUUUUACAAGCUUUUGGCUCGAAUGACUAAGCUUAGAAUUGCUCCUAAGGGAUGCAAACAACUGUUACCUGGGCAGAAGUUUCAGAAGCUUGCUGAAGCUGUAUGCAGAAAGCUCACAAGUAAAUUAUACAACUUUGUGGCUCUGGUACAAAAGAACCAGCAAGAGAAUGUUCGUAGCAGGGGUAUUCUCAAUAAGAUUAAAAAGGAAAAUAAAUGCAUUCCUGACCUCAUAUUCCAGAUUGAAGAUUAUGAAAGAUAUCUGAUCCAACUCAGCAAGUUGACCAAGGUAAAUUUGCUAAGGAACGCCAAACGCAGCACAGUUAGAGAUUUUAAGAUCUUGGAAGUGAAGAAAACCUCUGCGGAAGAGGAAAUUGAGCAUGAGCUGGGUUCGAUCAGUUCUGAUUCUUCUGUGGAUGACUCUGGCAAUGAAUCUGAAGGGUCUGAUGAGGACAAUGAUGCUGAAAAAGCAGCAUCUCCAGACCCCAUGGGUGAAGAUGGUGCUGUAGAGGAUUCUGAAUCUGAUAAAGAUGUGGAUGUGCCAAUAAGAAAUAAGAGGACUAAAAUGAGCAGGGUGGUGCAUGAUUCUGAAGAUGACACGUAGUAAUGUGGUUUUUUCCAUCUCUAAUAAGAUCCUUCAGGCUUUGUUAAGGUAAGCUAGCUUUACCAUCAAUACUGAAACUCUGCGAAUCCAAACUCAGUAAAGCUAGGAAUUCUUCGAGACUUAACGCAGGAAUAUGAUCAGGUUGAAGGAAUGCUAUUUUGAUCAGAGAAAUUUAAGAUAUAUAUCAAUAUCAAUUUAUAAGUCCCAGAAAAUUGGAUUCUCAGACUCAACUGGCCUUUAGUCUUUAAGAACCAGAGUUUAGUCUAACAUCUGCAUCAAAUUGUUAUCUAAACAGUUGAAAAAGCUGCUUGCUUGAUACUAUUUGGUCUCAGUACAACCUUCUCGGACAAUCUGCUCAAGUUUUUGUUCAUAUUAUGUUAGUUCGAAAUUGUAGGGUUUUUAUUUCUCUUAUUUUUUAGUUUUUGUUUGUGCAGACAGUAAAAUUACUGAAGUUAUAUCUUUUUGAUCUUA